CAAUUGCUAUAGUGAUUUUAAUGGUACUAUAGUAGGUGGGCAAGAACAACCUAAAACAGUCAGAUCAAACUGUCUGACAUGUUCUGGAAUAAGUGCAUGCAAACAAAUUUGUUUCUACAGAGAAUUAUAAGCCUAACUGAAUGAAAGAAAGCAAGAAAAAAUGACUAUAAUGUGACUAAAAUGUUAGAUUGUUUCCUUGACUAAAAUUUGACUAAAAUGUUUAAAAUGUUUAGACAGUCAUAUGUAGGCCAGAGUCCAGCAAGAAAAAACAUGCCACAUGUUGUUUAGACAGGGAAACUCAGGUAAUUUUCACAGGUAGGUAGAUUUAGAGCUGUAGGCCUUUCGUUGGCAAUGUAAAGGUUUCAUACUGAAUCAUGCACUAAUGUAUCUGCAUAAUUGAUCAUUUCCCCUGUUUUUCCUUUUUUUUCUCCUGCUGUGAAGGCCAAAAAGGACCACUGCCCCUCAUCAGGUGAACAGACACCUCUCAAACGGAGGUGUGGUGAUGAACCUGAUAAAGCCUGCUACGUCCCAUCAGCACCAUCACCAUCCACGAGAGAUGAGAUGCUCACAGAGGAGUCUCUGUUAUCCAGCCACAGUGGAUCUGAUGUAGACUACAAACCAUCAUCAUCACCAUCAUCCAGAGAAGACGAGGUGCUUGCACAGGAGUCCCACUCAUCCUGCUACAGUUCACCAGAGAAGCACCACCGUCAUUUACCAUCCAGUGAUACUGAGAUUGGCUACUUUACCAGUACUUUCCAAGAUGGAGAACAGCUGUUCACCACAAGCUCAUCAGCUCAGAGGCAAAAGAAGACUGUCACAAGACGAAGACAUGAUGAAGAUGAUGAUGACUCUGAUGGAGAGGUGCCAUAUUCAGCUGCAGCAAGGUCACUUGUAAAGAGACAAUGGCAGACUGCAAGAAGACAUGGUGAAGAUGAUGGUGGUGCUGAUGAGGAUGAUGGGAGUGAUAACACCAGUCAAGUUGGAGGGAUGCAACAAGACACCAACAGAGGGCCACAAAAGAUGACUACAGCUAAAGAAAAACAUGAUGAUGAUGAUGAUGAUGAUGACAGUGAUGAUGAUGUGAGUGAUGACAAGACUGGUCCAGGCACUGAAAACACAGGUAAUAUUUUUUGUCUGACUUGGAUUCUAUUUGAGUGUAGUAUUGGCAUGUUUCUGAGAUGCAGAUGUAAGGACUUUGACUCUAUCAAAACAUGUUCUUUUAUAGAUGGCGUGGUGCGCCAGGAGACAGCUGGAAGACCACUUGUUAAACAAAAAGAGAGAACUACAGAAAAACAUGAUGAUGAUGAUAGACAGGAGCCACACUCAACUUCAGGAAGCUCAGCUGUUGACAAACCAAAGAGGAUUGCAACCACAAGACAAGAUGAUGGAGAUGAUGAAGAUAGCGGUGACUCUGAGCAUGAUGAAAAAGAUAGAAAGCGUGUUAAGAGACGAAAGAAAGCUGCACAUAAACAAAAGCGUCAACAAGACAAUGAUGACUCGGAUGGAGAGGACAGACAGACUACUGCCACCGGAUCCCCUCGAAAGGACCAAAAGAAGACUGCAGUUACAAGAGAAUGCAGUGACACUGAUGCUCCAGAAAUGGAAGUCAAGAAACAAGGUAAGAGACCCUGGAAUGAACGGGAGAGGACUGCAGUGAAACGACACCUUGGCAAGUUUAUCGCACUGCAGAAAGUUCCAACAAAGCAGGACUGCCUGAUGUGUAUUGACAAAGAGUCUUCAGUCCUAAGAGCACGGCGGUGGACAGACGUGAAAUAUUUUGUCUACAAUGAAAUUGUUAAAAUCAAGAGAAAACCUGCAUUCUGAAUUAAUAGACUACAAGAGAGGGAGGAAACUGAGACAAGGGGUUAGAAGAUGAGAG